UCAUCUAUAUUCGGAAAUCAUGUGGUGUCGUAUUACCACCUCACGAGACAGGCAGAGAAGAGAAAGAGGAACGAUAGUUUCUUCUUGCCUACCUCCAGUAACAUGGAGACCUUGAUGUUCGUCUUGGUUGGUCUCAUCGCUUCUCAAUUCGGGGUGAUGGGGAAAACCCUUGUGUUCUCGUCAGAUCAAAGAGAGUCAGUUCCUGAUGAUGACACGUGUGGUUAUGAGAGCUGUAAUCCAGUGAAAGAAGGGAUGAUCAACGUCCAUGUUGUCCCUCACACUCAUGAUGACGUCGGCUGGAUCAUGACCGUGGACCAAUACUACUACCAGCAAUUAAAUACCUUAAAUCGUUCAUUUAUCUCUACAAAUGCAGGUGUACAAUAUAUUCUGGAUACGGUCAUUCCUCAAAUACAAAUGGACCCGUCCAGGAGGUUUAUCUAUGUGGAGAUUGCCUUCUUUAAACGAUGGUGGGAUGAACAGGACGAUACCAUAAGACACAUCGUGAAAGGUCUGGUCAAUCAAGGUCGACUGGAGUUUAUUCUGGGAGCUUGGUCGAUGAAUGAUGAGGCGUCCACUCACUAUAACGCCAUCAUUGACCAGCACACCUUGGGCUUCCGCUUUCUCCGGGAGACGUUUGGGGAGUGUGCCCGACCCAGGGUGGCCUGGCAGAUCGACCCUUUUGGCCACUCUCGAGAACAAGCCUCUCUCUUUGCUCAGAUGGGAUAUGACGGUUUAUUUUUCGGCCGCCUUGACUACCAGGAUAAAGAUUACCGAGUCAACGCAUCGACAAUGGAAAUUGUGGUCUUCAGCCCUCACAAUAUUGGAAUUUCUUCUUCUCUGUUCACGGGAGCUUUGUAUGAUGGAUAUGGACCCCCACCUGGCAUCUGCUUUGCGUACGACUGUAGCGACCCCGUUAUGGAUGACGAGUCUCUACAUGACUACAAUGUUCCGCAGAAAGUUAACCAAUUCCUCAAAGACGUGGCUGAUCAGGCCAAGCAUUACGCUACCGAUCAUCUGAUUAUGACGAUGGGCAGUGAUUUCCAGUACACGGACGCUUUGACCUGGUACAAGAACCUGGACAAGAUUAUCAAAUAUGUCAACCAACAGCAAACUCUGAACAAUACCAAAGUGAAUCUACUUUACUCCACUCCAUCCUGUUAUCUGAAACAACUAAACCUGGCAAACAAAACAUGGACAACCAAAAGUGAUGACUUCUUCCCGUACGCUCACCGAGCUCAUAGCUUCUGGACAGGCUACUUUACUAGCAGAGCUGCACUCAAGGGAUACGUCAGACGAACUAACAAUUUCCUACAGGUGUGUAAACAAAUGGAUGCCCUGGCACAACUUGACGAUUCUCAGCAUAGUUCUGUCAGCGUGGAAGUUCUCAAGGAGGCGAUGGGCGUGGCCCAGCAUCAUGAUGGAGUCUCAGGAACUGAGAAGCAGGUGGUUGCCUAUGAUUACGCUGAAAGAUUGGCAAACGGAGUGAACGAAUGUAGGAAAACCAUUAAUGACGCUUACAAGAAGUUACUAAGUAAGUCCGGGACGGAUGUACCCUUCGAUCAGCACUACUGUGGGCUUUUGAAUAUCAGUAUGUGUGACGUCACAGAGAAUAAUAAACAGUUUGUGAUGUUGGCUUACAAUCCUCUGGGACGUCAUGUAACCCGCUGGGUGCGCCUGCCCGUGGUGGCAGGAACGUAUAAUGUGACAGAUUCAGACGGAAUGUCUGUAGCCACACAGCUACUGCCAGUCAGCGCCAGGACCAUGUCCAUCCCAGAACGGAAGAGUAAGGCCACCCUUGAGCUGGUAUUCAGCGUUACGAUACCGGCAUUAGGAUUUGCCUCGUACUUUGUUCAGAUGACUAGCGAUGUUCCCGACCAGAAUCUAAGUGAUUUCCGCGAGCUGGACAUCACAGGUGCCGAUACAGUUCUAAAGAACAAGCAUAUCUCUCUCACAUUUGAUGACGCUGGACACCUAUCAUCUAUGGAAAACCUUGACAGUCAAGUAUCGGUAGAAUUAAAACAAGAAUUCGCCUACUACACGGGAUUUAUAGGCAACAACAGCAAACCGGAGUUCCAGGCCUCCGGGGCUUACAUCUUCAGACCCAACGAGAUGGAGCCGCACACGUUUAACAGUGGUACAUCAGUGAAACAUACCAGGAUCGCACAGGGUCCUCUUGUACAGGAGGUGGAGCAGAGGUUCAGCCCGUGGGUCAGUCAGGUGAUCAGGCUCUACGAGGACGCCGAAUAUGCUGAGCUGGAGUGGACAGUUGGACCCAUCCCCAUCGACGACAAAGUCGGGAAGGAGGUUGUGAAUCGGAUUCAGACAGACAUGAUGACUGACAGAACAUUUUACACAGACGCCAAUGGCCGACAAAUCCUGAAGAGAAUCAUAGACUACAGGCCCACAUGGAAACUAAAUCAAACUGAACCUGUGGCAGGCAACUAUUAUCCAGUUAACAGUAAAAUCUUCAUGCAGUGUGGUAACAAGAAUACACAGUUCGCCGUGUUGACGGACAGAUCUGAGGGUGGAGGCAGUCUCCGGGAGGGGGAGAUAGAAAUCAUGGUUCAUCGCCGCUUAUUGCACGACGACGCGCUAGGAGUGGGUGAGCCACUGAAUGAGACAGGCUCGGACGGCAAGGGACUGAUAAUACGCGGCAAACAGUAUCUGAUGCUAAACACGCAAUCCAAAGCUUCCAGAUUUGAAAGGGAUAUGGCUCUGCAGCUGUACAUGAGUCCCGAGUUAACGUUCGUGCCUGUAAGCAUGUCAUACAGCCAGUGGAGUGAUAACUACAGAACCAAGUGGAGUGGCUUGACCCGAGAGCUCCCGCCAAAUGUCCAUCUCAUGUCAUUAGAACAAUGGGAAGGCAAAUCUUACCUUGCCCGGUUUGAACAUUUCUAUCAAUCCAGCGAGGACAGUGAACUGUCACAACCCGUGAACAUAUCAAUGACAGGUUUAUUUGUACCGUUUGACGUGGAUUCGGCUGAGGAGUUGAUGUUAGGGGCCAACCAGAAGAAAGCAGAUUCUCGCCGUCUGGUUUGGCAGACUGCCAGACAGAACUCCAAACAGCAAAUACCAACCCGCCAUUCCAUAAGCAGCAGUGACUCUCGAGAUAUCACUUUGACUCCUAUGGAGAUUAGGACGUAUCAACUAACCCUGGCAAUGGGCGAGGACAAUGACGUUUAAUUCAAGAUGUACAUCUAUCCAGGUUAAGCAGUAACAAACCGGUGGUGGUGUAAAACGAUAAUUUGGAUUAGUAUUAAGUCAUUUAUUUUCUUGUAAGUGUGAUACACGGUGUUCUUAGUAAUUCUAGAUCAGUGACGUCUAUUACACUAAGAGAACCAACUUUGCAUUUUGUUACCUAAUUCUGCGUCAACCAUGAUGCUGGGUAGGGGGUGGGUGCGGUAAGUUGUUACAUUUUACGUGUUUACAUGAAGCGUUAAUAGUAAGGCCUUAACUGAAUAAAUUGACAAAAGGCCUGAGUAGCAACCUUUGCCAACCAUCAUACUCUCCUCGGUGCGCUGGCUUUACUCUCUACGCUGUAUUAUUGCAUUUCUGGUUUGGUGUGAACUUUCGUUAUAAUCAACGUACUAAAUAAAUGGCUAUCAUCCUG